AUGCCAGCGUCUGACAAAAAGAAAAGGGCUCUUAAGAUUGCCUUUCUGACGCUCCUGUGGGUUCACUUUGCCGGAAAAUUAGACGAAAUAAGUGGAGAGGCGGACGAUUCAGAUGCAGACGAAGAUGAAACAAUCGCUCUGACCGAUGCAAGCGACGAGAUGAUGAUCAAGGCCAUGGAGGCUGCGACGCGAUUACUGGAUGAAUGA